UGGCUGCUUCAGCUGACAGUCUACAUGAUGGCGACAGAGGUUCAGAGCGGCGACCUCGACAGUGCUACCUCCAGCCGGCUCGAAGUUUCCAUCGAUGGCCUCACCCUGAGUCCCGAUCCGGAGGGUGAACAGGGCCAGGUCGAACAGCCGGACCCCAAACCCGCGGAACCCGAGACAGAUACGCCGGGAGCUGCUGGGGGCGAAGAUGGAGAGACUGCCAAAUCUGCGACAGAGAGGAAAUGGGGCUUUCCUCUACAAGAGCUGUACGGAAUGGCGCUUAAAUUCUUCAAAGAUAAAGAUGGCAAAGCUUUCCACCCGACCUAUGAGGAGAAGCUUCGACUGGUGGCUCUGCACAAACAGGUGUUACUGGGUCCAUAUAAUCCCGAUGCUUCACCGGAGGUUGGCUUCUUUGAUGUCCUAGGCAACGACCGCAGGAAAGAGUGGGCCUCCCUGGGUAACAUGGAAAAGGAGGAGGCCAUGGUGGAGUUUGUCAAGCUGCUUAACAAGUGCUGUAACCUCUUUGCUCCCUACGUCACAUCUCACAAGAUAGAAAGGGAGGAGCAGGAGAGGAGAAGGAAAGAGGAGGAGGAGCGUCAGAGGAGGGAAGAGGAAGAGAGGGAGCGACAAAGACAGGAGGAGGAGAGACGGAGGCUUGAGGAGGAGGAAAGGCUGAGGAGAGAGGAAGAGGAAAGGAGGCAGGCAGAAGAGGAGAGGCUACGGGUUGAGCAGCAGAAACAACAGAUAAUGGCAGCGCUGAAUGCCCAGACAGCGGUGCAGUUUCAACAGUAUGCUGCCCAGCAGUACCCCAACAGCCCAGAGCAACAGAUGAGCCUCAUCCGCCAGCUCCAGGAGCAGCACUACCAACAGUACAUGCAGCAGCUCUACCAGGUCCAGCUGGCCCAGCAACAGGCGGCCUUACAGAAGCAGCAGCAGCAGGCUGAUUCAGUGGUUCAGGGGACCCUGGAAUCUAGCAACUUCAGCAGUGGUGGACCUGUCCCUGCCUCAGCAGCAGGACCAUUGUGUGCAGCUUCACCACCUGGUGGUGAGGAAGCCCCCACAGUCAAUGGAGGCCAGUCAGACUCUUACUCAGAGAGCAUGGACCGAGAACCAGAGCCUGAGCCGGCUGAGGAGGUCUCAGAGAAUGGACCUUUAUUAGCUGACUCCCCACCGGUCAUAGCUGCUCCCUCCAUGUGGACGCGGCCACAGAUCAAGGACUUCAAGGAGAAAAUCCGGCAGGACGCAGACAGUGUGAUCACGGUAGGGCGCGGCGAGGUGGUGACAGUGCGUGUACCCACCCACGAGGAGGGCUCCUACCUGUUUUGGGAGUUUGCCACAGACUAUUAUGACAUCGGCUUUGGGGUCCUCUUCGAGUGGACGGAUGCUGCCUCUGCUUCAGUCAGUGUGCACGUGUCGGAGUCCAGUGACGAGGAUGAGGAUGAUGAAGGUGAUCCUCCCAGUGAGGAGGAGAAGGCAAAGAAGGAGGCAGGGAAGCCCCAGGUGGACGAGAUUGUGCCGGUGUACCGGCGAGACUGUCAUGAGGAGGUGUACGCCGGCAGCCACCAGUACCCCGGCCGUGGAGUCUACCUGCUCAAGUUUGACAACUCGUAUUCACUCUGGCGCUCCAAGAGUGUUUACUACAGAGUCUACUACACCAGAUAAGCCUGAAUACAGACAAGGGGAGCCAAGGAGUGUGUAUGUUCAUAUAUAUGUGUGUGUGUGUGCAGGUGGAGAUUUGUGCGAUAGAAAGCCUGUAUGUAUGUGUGUGCAUGUGAAGGAGAAAGUGAUGCCAGAUGUAUUCUGGACAAAACCACCAGGGGGUGACAAAGAGACACAUCUGGAGCCCUAGUCUGGAGAUUGGACUAAUAUGUAUGUACUGUAUGUGUAUGCGUGUCCCGUGAAGAUACACUCAUGCUAGAUCCUGUCAUCGAGCCCAUGGAAGAGGAGUGUAUAUUCCUGUUGUGUAAUUCACCGCCUGUCCUUGCUGCGCUCACAUAGACCAAACUGUAGGACUUCGCUCUCAUAUUAUAUUUUACCACUUCUCACUCUGGGCUCCUCCUCUGUCACCACCCGAGCCCAACACUGUCUAGCGUGGCCUUGUGGCUGCUUCUGCCCUGAGUGAUUCUUUCAUAACCACGAAUGGAAACCAGGCGACUCCAGCGCUCUAUGAGCCAAACGUUUCCUGUUUGGUGGUGAUAGUGGUUGUUUAUCCAACAGACGGUGUUGAAAAUCAAAUUAUGAUGCAAAUGUACUUCAUAACACUAUACCUUUGUUCCACAGACAGCUUCUGGUCUUUGCCAAGUCUCACUCAUACAUUAAAAACACCAGUGUACACAAACAUCAUCAUCCUUUUUUGUUGUAAAACAGUAGUCAGUCAUUCUCUUCUCUAGCCACCAUGCAUAUAUGAAGACCUGAGAGGGUAUUUAGUGGAAGCAGAGCUCUUAUUUGCUUAUUCCCAAGCAGGAAAUUUCUUUUUCACUUUUUACUUCUUGAUCUUGAUACAACCUGAUUAACACAGCGUACCAGGAUUAGGUUUUUUAGUUUACAGUUUACUGGCAAAUUUAUGAAGGACGGGAGAAAGAUGUCAAUCCAUUUUUAAGGGUAAACUCCAGAUGAAGUCAUGGGUGUUAAGUGAAUGAAUACAAAACAACAUGCACAUGGUAGAGUAUGGCUGUGGGCCUUCUUGCCUCAUAGGCUCACAGUGUCUGAUACAGAACAAGAGAUAAAAAAAUUACUGAAUAAAUAUUUGUUCCCUCUUUCUCCUGCUGAUAUUUUUUUCUGUGUGAAGCUGUUUUAGUUUGUUGCACCUUCAAGCAGGACAUAGUAUUAAGACAGAUGUUAUAUUAAUAUUAGCUGGGAGGUUUUUGUGUUGUUUGGAGUUGCUGUACUCCGUCCUUUCACACAAGUAACAUCUAACAAUAAUAAUUCCUUUGUUUUGGAGGUCAUGACACAUUGUUACAUCUCGCCUGUGCUCAAAAUACCACAACACAAAACGCAGUGCUGGUGUUCUGUUUUUUCUUCCUGGUAUGAAUCGACUCAGUUUGUCACUUCAAACAUCGUGUCGUGAAUAAACUGAGAUGAUAAGAGACUUAUAAUUGUGUCUUGGGUGAUGUGGUUGCUGACUAACUCAGUUGUGACAUCUAAAUGUAUUUAACCUUUGUUUUUUUUUGUUUUUUUUUAAUGUUACCACAAUUUAGAUUCAUUCUGUUGUUCAGUUUCACACUGAAUAUGCAUGUUUUGUGUACCUACCACCCAGGUGCAUAAUGAGCAGUGCUGUAUCAGCUGUACCCUGUCUGAAUCUGAAUGAUGGUGGUUGAACGGGGAGUGUCGUCAGGGGGCAUCAGAGACAUUUGGUUUCACUUUAUCACGCUCGUUGAGCCGUAUUUGUACAUUUCUAUGUCUGUAUGCAACCAAACUUUAAAGACAGAGGCAGAAUAUCUUGCAAGAUGAGUACUCCUCCAGUGUCCUUGCUGAGUGUCAGUUUGUCAUAUUAUUUAAUUAGAGGCUGCUCCUGCCUUCUGUCCAUUCAGUGAUUUGUGUAACAAAAUGUCACUACCUAUGGCUUCACCAGGCCAUAUCGUUCAAGCAAGUUCCCAUAUCUUCUGAUGUGUGAUGUUUGUUUUUCUUAAGUUUCUUAUAUUUCACCAAAUGGUUUCUUGUUCAAGCCUUGUAUGUAAAUAAUUCUACAAAUAAGUUUAUGUAUGGGUUUUUAAAUGUGGAAGAAGGCUAUGGUUUUGAGAAUCAAUGCACUGUAAAAUAUGGUGAAUGAGAUAUAUGUAUACAUUUUACCCCGAAUGAAAGUCCAAAAUUUGUAGGAAGUGUAAAACUGUAAGACUCUAUCGACAUGUCAGACAGAGAAGCUCAUCUUUUUGUAUUGUUUUCACUUGUUUGGAUCUCUUUUGAGUUGCAAGAUCUUUUUGGGCAUAUAUUUAAUCUUGAUUAAACUUAUGUUCAUCUCUAGAAA